UGCUAAAGUAAAACAAAUACUCCAACGAGAAAAGCCCAGACGUUAUUCACCUGGCCGUCGUUGAUGGAAGAGUGACACGAGGCCGAAAACUCCAGGCGGCUCGUGACACAGCAGACAAACAUCCACGAGAUCUUAUCUUCUCAGGAACCAUCCAUCCAUUCUGUAUUCGCCCGAAAGUUGGAGGACACUCCUAACUUUUCUCCGAGCGAAAAGGAGACAGAGAGAUGCCGACCUUGAACCUGUACACCAAUGUGCCGGUCGACACAGUCGUUGCCUCUGACAUUCUCAAGGACGCAACCAAAGCUGUCGCUAAGCUCAUUGGCAAGCCCGAGUCUUACGUUAUGAUACUGUUGAAUGGGUCGGUGCCCAUUGCAUUUGCUGGUACUGAGGCACCGGCUGCGUAUGGUGAGUUGAUAUCCAUUGGAGGCCUGGGACCCAGCGUCAACGGCAAGUUGAGUUCCACCAUUGCAGAGAUACUAGAGACUAAACUUUCCAUCGACUGCUCCCGGUUUUACAUCAAGUUUUAUGAUGUUCAGAGAUCAUUCUUUGGAUUCAACGGGUCAACUUUUUGACCAGCAACAUCUGUAAGAGACCCCUGGAAUGGUCCACUUUGUGCAUAAGCUUGCUAUUAGCAAGUACUUCUGUCGUAUCAACCCCAUUUGGAGAUAUCAUCAGCAACUGCUAGCUUGUACCUGCAUUGAAACAACUAUAGAGUACAUUCACUUUACAAAUUUCUAAUAUCCUUCUUCCUUGUCUGUUUUCUUCGUCUUGUUUCAGGUUUCUUUCCCUUUGGAUUGUCUGAAGCCGUUAUUGUUCAGGCUCCCAUGCAAUGAAUUUUAAGUCUAAAGAGCAGCCACUAACCAAUUGUGCUCUAA